CCUGGGCCGCCUGUCCCGUCCGAGGAGCCGGGAUAUCCGCGAGGACACGGAGCCCACGCGCUGCGGGACCCUUCACCAACGGGCGUUAACUAACCGCGCGGGCGGCACUGCUAAAGCUCCCAACGAUGACUCGAGUGGGGAGCCCCGAAGGCAGCGCGUCUGCCGGCGCACCCGGCGGGGAGGGCCCAGAUGCGCCGGCGCCAGUCGAUCAGAGGCGCUGGCCUCCGACCUCACUGCGAGCUGAGCAGGCGGCGGGAGGAGGAAUAACGGAGAGACGCCAGGCGCCGGUUCGCCCUGGCCUCAGCCUUCAGCCGCCCCUCGGCGGGUGGCGGAGUGCGCUGAAACAGUGUAAGAGCUGCCAAGGGCGCCGGGACCUCGCGGGCAGCGACGAAGGCGGAGCCCCGGCCGGGCUAGGGAGGCGCGCGGAGAGCCCACCCCCUCCCCCGGCCCGCCGGGGUAAACAAGGCCUAGACUCGCACCGCGCACUUACCGGGAGCCGUGGCCCCGCGGCCGAUGAGCCCGGGCGGGCCAGACCGGGUCGGGCCAGGCCAGAAGAACCGGGUCCAGGAGCGGCGGCGGCGGAGGCGGCAAGCCAACGCCGGUCAAGGCCCGCGCUGCUUCCUCCGGCGAAGCCGUCUCAGCAGCUCCGGAAGUGCUCAGAGCAGUUCCGUCACUUCCGGCCCGGGGUCGACCCGCGGUCGCCGGGGUCGCGGCAGGCGCUGGGCAGUAACGCCUCUCAGCGGACGCUUCACUACAGCCCAGCGCUGCGACCCAGAGUGGGCCCAGAGCACAGCCAGUGCCGACGGCUGCGAGAGGCAGCAGAGGAGAGGAUUCGACUUAUUGGAGAGUGGUCACGGCAUCUCUUCCGGCUUUUGCUUACCAGCGCCGCCCGCCGGGAUACUUUAAACCAGGGUUCUUCUGUCGGACUCCUCACUUCUCUGUUUGUAAUCGGUGUCUGGCACCGAAAAGACAUCCAGACGUUCGUGGAGUGGAUAAAGGACUGUUGUUUCCCGGCCGCUAACUAAUCGAAGAAGAGCUAGGUCUUCGGGUCAGCGCGCAGGGCCGGGAAUUUCUGCGUACGUUCUGAGGCCGUCGCCUGGUGGCCGCCGAUUCACAGGACCACGCCAGGCUUCCGCUGCCCUCUCCGCGGCCUAGUUCGCUGCCUAAUUCCUUGGCUUCCCAUUCACCCAAGA